AAAAAAAUACACCAUUCCAUCCUAUUUUAUUUCAUUUAUCCUUCCGACUUUCUAAAACUCCCCAUCGUUUUUAAUGGCGGAUAGUUCAAAUUCAAAUUCCAAUGCAAAUGCUUCAAACAGAGUAUCAAGCAUUUCAACCAACAAGUCCAAGCGGGAAGGCAGUUUCGAUCACACCGAUGAGAAUACAAAGAAGAUAAAACCAGAAGCCUCGCAUUUGGUUGAAUUUGAAGUUGAAGCUAAUAGCAAAAGCUGUUUCAAGAUAGAAGCCGAUGCGGCGGAGGAUAAAGGUUCAAGGCACACCAUGGAGGAUGCUUGGGUUGUUCUUCCUGACGCCAGCAAUGGUACACCGGGAAAAUUGAGAUGUGCUCAUUUUGCAAUAUAUGAUGGCCAUGGAGGUCGAUUAGCUGCUGAUUAUGCGCGGAAGCACUUGCAUGGCAAUGUUCUUUUAGCUGGCUUACCACGUGAGUUGCUAGAUGUUAAAGCUGCAAAAAGAGCAAUACUUGAGGGGUUUAAAAGUACAGAUGAAACUCUUCUCAAUGAAAGUAUAGCAGGGGGUUGGCAAGAUGGUGCUACGGCUGUUUGUAUUUGGGUAUUAGGACAAAUGGUUUUUGUUGCUAAUAUUGGGGAUGCAAAGGCAGUUUUAGCUAGGUCAAUACAAUCUGACAUUCCAAAUGAUGGUUCAACUCUAUUAAAGGCCAUUGUUUUGACAAGGGAACAUAAAGCCAUUUAUCCUCAAGAACGGGCUCGCAUUCAGAAAGCGGGUGGAUCUGUGAGUUCAAAUGGAAGAUUACAAGGCCGGCUUGAAGUUUCCAGGGCAUUUGGAGACCAUCAGUUUAAAAAGGUUUACUUGUCUUAUACCCUUUAACACUCUUUGCAUAAAUUACUUCUCCAACUUUUUUUUUGCUUACUCAAAUGAAAAAGAGCUGCAUUUUCCUUCUCAAGAAGAAAAAUAUCUUAUUGAGUUUCAGUGUCCAUCUCAAACUCUCUACAUUCCAGGUCGGUGUUGUUGCAACCCCAGAUAUCCACUCAUUUGACCUUUCUGAAAGAGAUCAUUUCAUGAUUCUGGGCUGUGAUGGAUUGUGGGGGGUUUUUGUGCCCAGUGAUGCUGUUCGAUUUGUUCAAAACUUACUGAAGGAAGGAUUGCCUGCUUCACAAGUGAGCCGCCGCCUUGUGCGAGAGGCAGUCCGUGAGCGCCACUGCAAAGAUAACUGUACUGCAGUAUUGAUUGUUUUCAGGCAUGAGUAGAACCUGCACUGCCUAGACUUGUUGUAAGUUAUAAUGUGCGAGGGAAUAGUAGGAACCUACUAAAUGAAAGGUGAGACUCAAAGAAAUCUAUGGUAAAGUGGAUAAUACUAUAAUAGCCCUUUAAGCCUUUCUCAUGUGUCAUGAUAUGUUUUCUAUGUUCUUAUGGAUGUAGCAGCAAGACUGUCGUGGGUGAUCUUUGAAUAGUAACAAGAUGUUCAUUCUGAUAAUAUAUACAGCUUUUG